AUGGCCAUCGGAAUCGCCCGAAACGCACAAGCUGCCCUGAGGGUCAUCGGCCCUUCGGCGGAGCAAUGCCUUGACCAAGCUGGCGCUGUACCCAUGAAAGGUGUCAAGUUCAUGUUGGCACAAGGAGAAGACGGCGCAGAAAGCAUGGCUGAUGAAGUCGAUGAAGCAGCUCAGGGAGAGCGUCUCACGAGCAUCGUGCAUCGCGUCCAAUUGUUGCGGGCAUUGCUUGCUGAUAUCCCCGAAGACCGCAUGCAUGCCUCCAAGAAGCUGCAAAAGAUCGACCAAGACGGUGGUCUUACCGUCUAUUUCACCGACGGGACAACACACGAGUGCGAUAUUCUCAUCGGUGCCGAUGGCAUCCAUAGCAUCGUUCGGAACGGCGCUUGGUUCCUCGUGACGCUCCAGCCAUCCGACAAAGCUCAGGCGAUCCUCGGUGAGGAGCUCAUCGACCUCGAGGAUGCCUGCGAGUACGGAUGGGCUGGUCGAGCUGCUUUCUUGAUGCACAACAUUUUGAGCGGCGGUCAGCUUGUGCAAUUCGCCAUUACUUCUCACGACAGUGACGCCGAGCAUGGAUCAUUGGACCAAUGGAAACGUACUGUGGGUUCAGACGAGAUCACAAAGCUGGUUCAGGAUUGGCCACCCCAUCUCAGUAAUGCUGUCAAUGAGCCACAUCUGCUUUGCAACCAUCCCGAGCACGAAGCAUUGUAUCUUUGGGAACACCCCAACGCCGAUACUUAUGUUUCUGGCCCGGUCUGCGUUACGGGUGACGCUGCCCAUUCAACAACACCUUGGCAGGGGUCUGGCGGUGGCAUGUCUAUCGAGGACAGCCUCAUUCUUUCUACAUUGCUCAGCCGUGCAAAAACGCCGGCGGAGGCGAUCACUGCAUUAAAGGCAUAUGACCAGGCUCGUCGUCCUCGUACCCAACGCAUCGUUGAGUCAAGUCGGGCCACGGGAGACAUGUUGAUAAGGGUUCAUGAGCUGGACCCGGAGACAUCGAAAUCGUUCAUGUCAAGGUGGGACUUCAUUAUCGAUAUCGACAUGGAAAAACAUCGCGAUGAAGCUCUGCAGAUGAUGGAGGACGAAUUGAAGAGAGAAAGGGUUGUCUGA